AUGGAAGACAAAUCAAAUUCGUUCUCCAGCAACAAGGAGGAGAAGGCGGACGGGAAUAACGUGUUUCAGAGGCAGGACUCGCUACAGAAAAACAACAUGGGCAGUCAGAAUAUGAAGGACCACGGCAACUCGGUGGGCUUUAAAGGGGAACGGGAAGAGGCCAUGGUCGGGUUGACGACCUGGACGGGGUCCAGGCAAUACGGUUUUAUGCAGCGGCAGUUUGGGGCCAUGAUGCAGCCCGGAGUCAAUAAGUUCUCCUUGCGCAUGUUUGGCAGCCAGAAAGCCGUGGAGAAAGAACAGGAGAGGGUUCAGACGGCCGGAUACUGGAUCAUUCAUCCGUAUAGCGAUUUUAGGUUCUACUGGGACUUGAUAAUGCUCAUCAUGAUGAUGGGAAAUCUAAUCAUCAUUCCUGUGGGAAUAACCUUCUUCUCGGAGCAGACUACCACCACCUGGUUGGUCUUCAACGUGGCCUCAGACACCAUCUUCUUGGUAGACCUGGUCAUGAACUUCAGAACGGGCAUUGUCAACGAGGAGAGCUCCGAGAUCAUCCUUGACCCCAAGGUCAUCAAGAUGAACUACCUGAAGAGCUGGUUUGUUGUGGACUUCCUGUCGUCAAUUCCAGUGGAUUAUAUCUUUCUAAUAGUGGAGAAAGGCUUUGACUCAGAGGUGUACAAGACAGCCCGUGCUCUCCGUAUCGUCCGCUUCACCAAGAUCCUCAGUCUUCUGCGUCUAUUGAGACUCUCACGACUCAUCAGAUACAUACAUCAGUGGGAGGAGAUCUUCCACAUGACCUAUGACCUGGCAAGUGCUGUGGUAAGAAUAUUUAAUUUGAUAGGGAUGAUGCUGCUUCUCUGUCACUGGGAUGGCUGUCUCCAGUUUCUGGUGCCUCUUCUCCAAGAUUUCCCCCCUGACUGCUGGGUCUCCCUAAAUGGGAUGGUUAAUGAUUCCUGGGGCAAGCAGUAUUCAUAUGCCCUCUUCAAAGCCAUGAGCCACAUGCUGUGCAUUGGAUAUGGUGCUCGGGCGCCUGUCAGCAUGUCUGACCUGUGGAUCACCAUGCUGAGCAUGAUUGUAGGUGCCACCUGCUAUGCCAUGUUUGUGGGCCAUGCCACUGCUCUAAUCCAAUCACUGGACUCCUCACGCAGGCAGUACCAAGAGAAGUACAAACAAGUGGAGCAGUACAUGUCGUUCCACAAGCUUCCGGCAGACAUGCGCCAGAAGAUCCACGACUACUAUGAGCAUCGCUACCAGGGCAAGAUCUUCGAUGAGGACAAUAUUCUGAGCGAACUCAACGAUCCGCUCAAAGAGGUGAUAACCAGUUUUAAUGUCGUUGCUGCCCUCCCUGUAUCUGCAGAUUAUUGGGAGAUUUGCCUGCUUACCAAGGGCCGACGAACAGCCAGUGUGCGAGCUGACACCUACUGUCGUCUCUUCUCCCUCUCUGUUGACCAUUUCAAUGAGGUGCUAGAGGAGUACCCCAUGAUGCGCCGCGCCUUUGAGACUGUUGCCAUUGACCGUUUGGACCGUAUUGGGAAGAAGAACUCACUGCUGCUUCAGAAGUUCCAGAAGGAUCUGAACGCCGGCGUAUUCAAUACACAGGAGAACGAGAUAUUGAAGCAGAUAAUCCGUCAGGACAGGGAGAUGGUGAUGAUGGUGGAUCGCAAGCAGUCGGUCACAGGGAUGAACUCAACACCGAUGUCUGGAAACUCCAUCAUUAACUCACCAGCCCAGCCACCCUUUUCCACCUCCACAGGCAACAAUCAGCUCCAGCAGUCCUCUGUUCCCUUAACCUACAGUGCUUCAGCGAUUGCCAAUGCCUCAGCUGCCCGUAUCCUGCCAGCUGCCGCCGCUGCUGCUGCUGCUGCACAGGGGAUCUACCCUGCUUCUAGUGUUUCUCAUGGCAACCUGACAUCCUCUUCAGCCGCUGCCCAGACCCCACUUCAACAGCAGGGGGCCAUCAUGUCGCCCUGCUCUUUCACAGCUGCAAUGUGCAGCCCACCAGUGCAAACCCCUCUGGCUGGUCGGAGUUUCCAGUACGGCUCACCUACAGCCUCCCAGCUGUCACUCAUCCAACAGCCCAUGCCCCAACAACCUCUAUCCACACAGCAACAGCUUGCUCAGCAGCCUGUGGUGUCAACUGCUACCACAACCUCUGCAACACAGCAGCAGCAACAACAGCAGCAGCAGCAGCAGCAGUCACCUCAGCAGCAGCAGGUUCCCUCACCCCAGAGAGGAGAGAUCCACAAGAGCACACAGGCUCUCCAGUCGGGCAGUUUGAGUCGAGAUGUGCGACACUUGUCAGCCUCUCAACCUUCCCUGCCUCAUGACACGUCUCUGGGGCCCAGAGGGCACCCGACCUCAGGAGACUCUCUGGCCUCCAUUGUGCCACCUGUGGCAGCAGCAGCGGCAGCAAUCCAGGGAAUGGGUCUGCAGAGUGGCAUACGCACCACAGUGCCCCAGCGGGUCAACUUAUUCCGCCAGAUGUCUUCAGGAGCGUUGCCUCCUGUGCGUUCAGCAGCAGCAGCAGCCGUGGCAGCGGCAGCGGCAGCAUCGACCACAGCCCAGCACAGGGAGUCCCCCGGCUCUCGGAGAGAUUCUGUCCUGAGUAGUACAGAGACCGAUCAAGACAAAAUGCGUUUUGCAUCAAAUUUAUGA